AAUAGGCCAGAUGCUGUCCAAGUCAUCUGGUGCCGUAUACACGAUGCUCUUUCUCUGAGACAGCCGAUAAUGAUCAUCACAGGCAGACGGGCGCUCAUAGAGGCCCUGUCUCUAUCGAGAGCGUCGCGACGCUCCGUGUCCACUGGCGGCGGGGGACUCGGCGCCCGUAGCCCUAGUGCACGGCUUUUGACGACUCUGCAGCAGGAGCCUGCCGGGAACUUCCGCGGUCGGGGACAGGAGGGCUUUCCGUGUCUGUCGCGGAUUAGGGAGAAGAGCGGUCCGUUAGAGAAGAUACGGGCAACUACGGGGAAGUGGUGGAGGGUUACGAAGUAUUUUCACACGAGGACAAGUUCCACUUCAAGCACGGUGGGUGCAUUCCACGGUUGGACCUGGCGUAUGAAACGUGGGGGGAGCUCGACACUCAACGCAGCAACGCCAUCUUGCUGUGCACCGGCCUCUCGGCGUCUUCGCACGCUUGCAGCACCGAGGUAAAUGCUAUGCAAUGAGUUUCCCUGUGGUGACGGUAGAGGACAUGGUGGCUGCGCAGUUCCUGCUCCUGGACCAUCUUGGGAUCUCUCGUCUCCACGCUGCUGUCGGGUCGUCUCUGGGGGGCAUGCAGAGCAUCAUGGCUGCCGCACUCUGCCCUGACAGAGUCAAUCGGGUUAUAUCGAUAUCUGCAUGUCUGAGGACCCACCCAUCGUCCAUUGCCAUGCGCUAUGUCCAGCGGCAGAUAUUGAUGGGAGAUCCCGACUGGAACGAGGGAAACUAUUACGACAUCUCCUUCCCUCGGAUGGGAAUGACUCAUGCCAGGGAGGUGGGUCUACGAGUAGCCUACAGGAGGGAAGUGGGCCAGAGUGGACAGAGGUUUGGGAAGCACGAAACGAAGAUGAUCCGAUCAGCGUCCCCGACUUCUGCCAGGACUUCCUUGAUGAUCGAGGCACUACCUUCUCAGACAGGUGAGAGAAAUUCUGCUGAAGGCAUACGACCCCGAAUUCUCUACUAUAUAUAUCAAAGGUUCUUGGGGUUACUUACAGACGUGUCCAUUCCAAGUCAGCAAAAGACGGAUAUGAGCGAAGUACUUAAAAAAUAAAGGAAAUAAACACACAUAACUACGACCUAACCAUAUACGGGCACGACACUUUCUACCUGGAUGUCAUUAAACGUAGGGACAGACCUACAGCCCACAUUUGGAAAUCAACACCACUAUUUAGCCUUCCUGGCCACAAUUGCCUCGUUUUUCAAACAGAUUUAUAUCGUUGCCCCAGUUUUCUAGUGGGCUGACAGGAAUUUGAG